UGACAACAGAAGAUCGCGAAGCGUUUGGUGUGUAGUAGUUCAAGAUAGCCAACAUGGCUGCUGCUCUGACGGCGGAGCAAGAGCAGGCCACGAAGCAGUUCCUGGACGCGGUGAACCGGCAGCGGCGGCGGCGCCUGGGCCCCGUGUCGUGGUCGACUGCCGUCAAGUUCCUGGUGGCGCGCAAGUUCGACGUGUCGCGCGCGCUCGCCCUCUACGAAACGCACGAGGCGACGCGACAUCGCGAGGGCCUCGUGCGCUUCGACCCCACGCGCGAGCCGCUCAAGUCCGAGCUUGAGACCGGCAAGUUCACCAUCCUGCCCACGCGCGACGCGACGGGCGCCGCCAUCGCCGUGUUCACCGCAAGGAAGCACUACCCGCAGGAGUCGACGCACCAGACCACGCUGCAGGGAGUGGUUUACCAACUCGACGUCGCCCUGGAAAGCGUCGACACGCAACGAAGCGGCCUAGUCUUCAUCUACGACAUGUCGGACUCGAAGUAUUCCAACUUCGACUACGACCUCAGCCAGAAAAUACUUACAUUGCUCAAGGGUGGAUAUCCAGCAAAACUGAAAAAAGUCCUCAUCGUCACUGCGCCAUUGUGGUUUAAGGCUCCAUUCAAGAUCCUCAGGUUAUUUGUCAGGGAGAAACUCAGAGACAGGGUGUAUACAGUAAAUAUACCACAGCUAACAAUCCAUAUACCUCGGGAUUCUUUGCCUUCUGGUCUCGGAGGCACGCUGGACAUUGAUCAUGGUGCAUGGCUUCUACAUUGUGUCAAAUCCAUGACAAAUCGACAUGGCAGUGACCUUUGCGAUGUUGCAACAGAACCAAGCAUCAUGGCUGCCCUGCCUAAUGGCUCUACAGGAGCACAUGAUUCGGUUGAGCUGACAUCUGGGAUUACUGAAGCUGUGGUAAAAGCAGGUGGAGGUAAUUCGCCAGUUUCUGGGCCAGAGGAAGAGGAAGAGGAGUUGGAUAUAACUUCUGGAAGAGGACUCGACAAUGGUGAUGCGUGGCAGCACUCCAGUAGUGGUGGUGCCUCCUCACCUGCCCCUCCUCCGUCGUCUGCAAGCAGUGGAUUCUCUGAUGAUGACAGCUUGCACUGUGAUAUCAGCCAGGGCACAACUCUGGAGCAGUUUGUAGAAAUGGUUAGGACAAAGGGUCGCCUUGGCCUCAUUCAGGACUACACAGAAAUUCGGUCCAGAAUGCCUGAAGGUUCCUUCAACCAUGCAAGGCAACCUGCAAAUGCACCAAAGAAUCGAUACACAGAUGUUCUGUGUUAUGAUCACAGUAGAGUUUUGCUUUCCCAGAUAGAUGGUGAAGCCUCUAGUGAUUAUAUAAAUGCAAAUUUUGUUGAUGGGUAUAAACAGAAAAAUGCAUUCAUUUCGACACAAGGCCCUCUUCCAAAAACAGCAGGUGACUUCUGGCGUAUGAUUUGGGAACAACAGGCGCUGGUGGUGGUGAUGACUACCCGUGUGGUGGAAAGAGGUCGAAAUAAGUGUGGCCAGUACUGGGAACCUACUGAGGGUGGGACAGCUACAUUUGGAAAUUUUAGUGUCACGACGACGUCAGUUGAGCAGCAGCCUGAUUACACAAUCUCAACUCUACAGCUGACUAAUCAGAAGACGGAAGAGAGCAGGGAAGUGAGUCACUUCCAAUUCACAUCUUGGCCGGAUUACGGUGUACCACAUAGUGCAAUGGCCAUGCUUGACUUUCUUGAGAAAGUGCGUCAGCAGCAGGCCAAAAUGGUAGCUCGCUUGGGGGACACAUGGGCUGGACAUCCCCGUGGGCCACCAAUUGUUGUACAUUGUAGUGCUGGCAUAGGUCGGACAGGAACAUUUUGCACCCUGGAUAUAUGCAUCAGUCGCCUGGAAGAUGUAGGUACCGUCGAUGUCAGAGGAACCGUGGAACGAAUACGCUCCCAGAGAGCAUACUCGAUACAGAUGCCAGAUCAGUAUGUGUUCUGCCAUCUAGCACUGAUUGAAUAUGCCAUUGCCAAAGGACUAAUUCCGGAGGUCGACCUGGCAGGCUUCGACAAUGGUGUUGAUGAUGAGUCAGAUUAGGUUGUGUACAAAGUUGUGUGCUGACUUUGUUCUGACUUUAAACAGUAUUUCAGUGUUAUUGUGGAUACCGAAUAAUUUUGUAUAUCCUUGGUGUGAUAAAAUGUCUGUCUCAAGUUACAUAUUAACUGAAAUAUCAUGAGGCUUUAUAACAAGACACAAGGAAGCCAGCUGUUGUUGUGUGAUAUGUGAUAGAAUUAUGAAUGUAUUAUGUGUGACUGUGUCCAGUGUUGCCAAUUUUGUUACCAAGUUACAGAACUUGUACAUGAAUCUCUGCAGGACAUUUUGGUGUUACACUGGAGAAUUAAAUUUUGUCAUAUUCAUAAUCUGUGUUUUAGACUGUCACAAUAGUUACUGUACAUUGUCUCUGUAUAUACAAUUGAUGUGUAAUGUACAUUUAUCAACAAACUAUGUGAUACAAAUAUUCGUGCUAUCAAUUGUGAUUUUUAUUUUACUGUUCUAUUUUUCUCUCUUCAAUAACUUUGUCAAACCAAGUGUAACAGGCAACAAAACUGUCAUAUCACAUAUAUCAGAAGUAUAUUUCUACUGAGGUGAAUAUCUCAGUCUAAAUUCUAUGGGGAAUUAGAGAAUGGUACACUUAAAAUAACAAGUUUUUACAGCUGUGUAAGAAUAUGUACAAACAUAUUUAUUGAAAAGUUCCUGAUGUUCUAAGCAGUAAAUAUAAUCUGCAUAAUGUUGUAUGUGUGAAAACUUGUUGCUGUUUCUCCAGAACUGAAGUAUUGGAGAAUUUCCAUUCCAGUUAACAUUGUACCUCAACAUUUCUGUAUUACCUUGGUUCUGCUCUAAUAUCACAUAGAGUCUGAGCUAAUAUUGCAAAUUGUGGCCUUACUAAAGGUAACUUCCUUUCUGAUGUUCAAGGUUAUUUAAACUGUGAUCAGUGCAUCAGUUAAACAUUGUGAUUGAAUCUGUGAAUGCCUUUCCAUUCAGCAAACAAUGUAAUUUAUGUUUGUGAUGCCUUAUGGCCUGAUGUUGUCCUUGUGACAACAACAGUUACUUUCAUGAAGAUUUUACGAAGCAUUAAGAAAUUUAAUAUGCAAUGCAUGCUGCAGGUAUUAUAUUGUCUUGUAAAAGAUGUCAGUCACAAACUAUGUAGGACUGAAAUAAAGAGUAGUGUGACAGUU